UCAUCUAUGAACUGUCCAAGUCACCCCGGACCGCCCAGCUCCCCCCAUCCACGGGCCCUCUGCGCCAGACUUCCUUCAUCCUCUUCCUCUUUUGCAUCGCUCUCCGUACCACCCACGCUUACCUCUGCAUCUCGACAGCGCCUCCGAGUCGCCCUCUCUUGUCGCUGCGCAUUUCUUGCAUCACGACCGCGGCUCCCGCUUGAUCGUGUUGCGCCGCCAAUCGAGGAAGCCCUGCCGUUGCGCGCACCCGAGGACACGUUCACGUCACGUCCCCGUCCCGUCGCCGCAUCCACCACCUGCACCUUUCCUCCCGCGCUGCGCGCAUCUUUAGUACUACUCCUAUCGUCUUGUAAUAUUCUCACCUCACACCAUACUUCGGAAAUGGUCACCAAGCGCACCCUCCCCGCCCGGAGAAACCCUCUGCUGGACGAUGAAAACUCUCCGCGUAUACGAGGAGCUGCUGAAGAGGCGACGAUUGGGCCAGACCAACCUCGCCGUCAAGCCAGGCAUUGUCGGCGUCUCCGAUCAAACCAAGGCCGAGCACUUGGGUACCUUUGACUACGCGCAUUUGCGCGUGCCGCUCCCCAGGGACCUCCAUGGGUCCGGCAUCUUCGGUCUCAAGACCGCGACCACGUAUCCCGAGUCAUAUUUCUUGAUGAGGCGAAGUAACGAUGGCUACAUCAGUUCCACGGGCAUGUUCAAGGCUGCGUUCCCUUGGGCGUCGCUGGCCGAGGAGGAAGCCGAGCGAAGGUAUCAGAAGACUUUCCGGUCGGCGGGCCGCGAGGAAGCUGGAAGCGUUUGGAUCGCGCCAGAGGAAGCCCUCAAGUUGGCCGACGACUACGGUUUGCGCCGCUGGAUCGUGGCUCUGCUGGACCCCAGCCCCAUAGAGGUUUCCACGAAAGAUAGGCACAACCCGAACAUCAAGACUCCACCCAUCUUCGACAUUAACAAGGCUACUACUAGUCCUGCUGCUACCAGUGCCACCACUGCCACCACUGCUGCUCCCGUCCUACCACCCAGCUCGUCGCUCCGCUCUACACGCGCAAGGUCGACCCGCUCCGCAUCUCCUAGCAAGAUCGCGACGCCAAGCCGCAAGAUUGCCAGCCCACGCAAGUCACGGGCCACGCGGAGCUCAGCCAAGGCGGGACCUACGAACGGAGAGGAAGUGGUAGAGAUGACGGCGACUGAAGCCGUAGAGGUGACUGCGACAUCGGGCUCGCUGCAGACUGUGACCGAGACGGGCUCGGUGGUGACGGAGUCCGUCGCAUCCGAGCCGGCGGAGGACGAGCCCAAGGAGCCCAGUACGGUGCGCAUCGAGGUUGAGGAGCGUGUCGAGCAGCACGGCGACGUGGAGACGAGAAACACGAACGUCAAGAUCGACGUCCCUGCAGACCACCCCGAACUGCCCACGCCCGAUGACCCUACCAAGAUGAUCGAGGAGGCCAGGCGGAUGGUGGAAGAGGCCCGCGAGCUCGACAAGGCUGCCGGAGUGGAUGUUACGUCGUCGAAGCGCAAGGCAGAGGAUCUGGUAUCAGAGGACGCGGAGGCGGCUGAAGAGCGACCGGUCAAGGUGGCGCGGAGGGUCGAGACGACGGAGCAGCGGUGGAAGAAGGAGAAGGUGACGAGGAGGGCGCUUGUGGGGAUGGGCAUCAUGGCUGCUAUCGGGACGGCCUUCCAGUACUUUGCGUAGGCAACGCGCUCACGUCCGGUCUCCACGGCUGUGUUCAACGUGUAGGAAAGUCGCACAUGGUUGGAUACUCCGCCUCAUCUUACCCCCCUUCCCCAUUACCCCUUACUCUCUACUUUUUGGUCCCCAGUGUUCGCAGAUACCACCCUAGCCCGCCUACUCCUACUUCAUUCCAAUCUCUCCCUCCAUCUUGAGCCCACAUCACGAGAUGACUGUUGAUAUACUUUUUCUCUUACCGGCGUAAGGAAAGGAUCCGGUGGUCGUCAUUGUGGUUCUAGUUCUGUCUUUCGGUUUUCUUAUUGUCUCGGUUUGUUUUGCG